AUGGCUGCAUUCCGUGAGGGAAGUGAAUUCAAUGUUGACCGCAAGAUCUGUUUUAGGCAUUCAUGCCGGACAAAAUUGAUUGGUAGUUUGAAUAACAAGUUAACAGAUGAGCAAAAAUCAUUUAUCCGAGGAACACCAUUUGGAUGGAUGGUUGAGUUGACAGAGUCUGUUAAAAUAUCUAGGAAUCUUUUGACUCUAUUAAUCAGUAGGUGGGUUGAAAGGUUGGGGGGGUUUGACAUGAGUGCACAAGUUGUUGGAUUUACCUAUUUAGAUGUAUGUCUUGGUCUAGGUUUGAGGGUGGUGGGUGAGAACAUUGAUUUAAACCAGGAAGGGUUAAAUAGUGAUUCAAGGAAUUUAUUUGGAGCUUCCCAAGUUGUUGAUAUCGACAUGGUAUAUGAUUACAUCUUGAAACAUAUUAAAGUGCUUUGUUUAGAGGAUUUUGGUAAGCUUUAUGUUUUGUUAGCAAUUUCUGAGUUUUUGUUGCCCAAUCGUAGUGGAACAAUUUUUUCUAUUUUGUUUAACAUUGUUGAUGACCUGGGUAGUAUUGGGAAAUUUAAUUGGGGUCGAGUGGUGUAUGAGUUUUUGGUUGGCAGUAUAUGUGAAGCUAAAUUGUUCUUGAAGGAGAAACAAAGUACCAAACACUUCCACGUAGCUGGAUGUGUUUAUUUGUUACAGUUAUGGUCUUUUGACCAUUUUUUGAUACCGAAUUUAAAGGAUUGUCAGCGCACGACAAAGUUUCCCUGA